CCUCAAGGUGGUCAUUUUAACCGCAAGUCUUUUGUUCACAGACUCACAGGCUUCAAGGCACUGGUGGUGGUGAGGAGGAGUCCUGGGAGGCAGCGCGCCUGCUGUGCGGGGUGUGUCUGAGGCUCCUUGAGCCCAACAGCCCGAGAUUGGCGUCCCCGUGCCUCCCGGACUCCUCUCUGCUCACAGCGUCCCCGCAGCCUGACCCCAGUUCACCCUCCAGCCUUGGGGACCCGGCCUCUCAGGUCCUGCCGCCCAGGUCCCAGCGCUCAGAAUGGAUGUGAACUUUGAGGACGUGGCUAUUGCCUUCUCUCAGGAGGAGUGGGGGCUCCUUGAUGAGGAUCAGAGACAUCUAUACUGCGAUGUGAUGCUGGAAGUUUUUGCACUUGUAUCAUCUGUAGGUUGUUGGCAUAAAACAGAAGAGGAGGAGGAAUGUUCUGAUGGGAGUGUUUCUGUACAAGUGGAGUCAAAAUUCAUGGCUUCUAAGACAGUGCCACCAACCCAGAAGACCCACCUCUGUAAGCAUUGUUUCUCAGUUUUAAAAGAUAUUCAACUGACUGAGUCACAAGCAGCAUACUUUGAGCAGAAAGCCUUCUUCAGUGACACAUGUGUGAGAAACUUCUGUUCCAAUGCAAACCAUCACCAGCAACAGAGGGAUACCAGUGGAGAGAAGCCCUGGAAAGAAGCUAUGAACGGGGCCUCCUUUGGGACCAGGUGCAGCUUCUACUUGUCAGGGGUGCUUUCAACCACUGGGGAGGCUGGGAAAGACUGGCCAGCCAGCUCAGGGUUGUUGCAGCCCCAGGCAUCUCUUAACACUGAGGAGCCUUACAGGGGCAAUGAGAUUUCACAGAAAUUUCACAAUGUAAAAAGUCAUCAUCAGUGGAACAAACAUGAAAGUGCUGCAAGCCACAGACAUAAAUUUGUUCAACAUCAGGGUGUCUGCUCUGGUGAAGUGAAAUAUGAGUGUAACAAAUGUGGGAAAGUUUUUAGAUGUAUCAUUAACCUCACUCAACAUCAGCGAGUUCACACUGGAAUUAUGUCCUAUGAGUGUACUGAUUGUGGGAAGCUCUUCCAUCAAAGAUCUUCCCUCACUAAACAUCAUAGAGUUCAUACUGGAGAACAAUCUUUUGAGUUUAGUGAAUGUGGGAAAUCGCUUAGGUGCAGUAAUUACCCCUGUAACCAGAAGAGAGUUCACACUGGAGAAAAAACAUAUCAAUGUAGUGAUUGUGGGAAAUCCUUCAGUCAAAACUCUAACCUCAUUCAACACCACAGAGUUCACACCGGAGAAAAGCCAUAUAAGUGCAGUGAUUGUGGGAAAUCCUUCAGUCAGAACUGUUCCCUCAUUAAACACCACAGAGUUCAUACUGGAGAAAAGCCAUAUGAGUGUAGUGAUUGUGGGAAGUCCUUCAGUCUGAUCUCUACCCUCAUUAAACACCACAGAGUUCACACUGGAGAAAAGCCAUAUGAGUGUAGUGAUUGUGGAAAGUCUUUCAGGCAAAUCUUUGCUCUCACUGAGCACCAGAGAAUUCAUAUUGGGGAAAAGCCAUAUCAAUGUAGUGAAUGUGGAAAGUCCUUCAGUCAUAGCUCUAACCUCCUAAAACACCACAGAGUUCACACUGGAGAAAAGCCAUAUGAGUGUAGUGAUUGUGGGAAGUCCUUUAGUCAGAGCUCUGCCCUCAUUAAACACCACAGAGUUCAUACAGGAGAAAAGCCAUAUGAGUGUAGUGAUUGUGGGAAGUCUUUCAUGCAGUUCUGUAGUCUCACUGAGCAUCAGAGAGUUCACACUGGAGAAAAGCCAUAUCAGUGUAGUGAUUGCGGGAAGUCAUUCAGUCAAAGCUCUAACCUCAUUCAACACCACAGAGUUCACACUGGAGAAAAACCCUUUGAGUGUAGUUUAUGUAAGAAAUAUUUUAGCCAGAAACAUAGCCUGAUUAGACAUCUGAGAGUUCACACUGGAGAAAAGGCUUAAAUAUCCAGAUCAUAUUUUAUCUUUCUCACUCAGAAUGGCAAUACUGAAAGAGAUACUUUGGGACCCAUUUACUGAAUAUAAGCUCCUUUUUUAGAAAGAUAUACAGGCAGUCCUCAGAUUACGUCAGACUCAAUGUACAUCAUUUCAUGGUUACGUCACCAUCUCCCAUUUACAGUAUUUAUAAAAAAAAAGUUCCGUUGUUUUGAUGUAUGUA